AUGUUAAUAUUCCGAUUUUUUAUAAACAAAUUUGUUCUGAUUUAUUUACUAAAUGUGAUCACACAUUGUAGUCCUGAUAUCGCAAAAUUGGAGGAUGAUCAGAGGAUAUUGAUUGAUAGUUUAAAGAGGAGUAAGGAUUUCAAACACGAACUGGAUCAGAAUUUUAAUUUUUUGGACAAAAACAACGACAAAAAGAGUUUAAACUCCUUUUCCUCAACAAUUCCAGUUGAAAAUGAAGCCAAUGUAACAAUGUUUGAGACUAAUUACUCUCCUCCUAUAAUAGUUCUUUUGCCUGAAGAUUCAUCCUCAAGGGAGAAAUGGGAGUAUGCUGUAACUUUAAAAUGUUUGGGCCAAAAAAACUUUGAUGCCUUCACUAAUAUUCACAAUACAAGGAUGGCUAAGAUGGCUUCAAUUUCUGGUACAACAGUUAAGGAGAUAGGUGAAGAAAUUAAAGAAACUGAACAAGAACUUCAAAAGGUUCGAAAAGAACUUGAAGAGGUAACGGAAAAGCAAAAGGGACUUGGAACUGUUGGAAAAAAUGAUUAUGCUAAAAAAACAAGACGAUUGCAUAUAGAACAUAACAUUAAAUUGUUAAAACAGGAGAUUCACGUGAUGGAAGUUAAGUUGGAUAGGCUUAACAACAGACUCAAGUCUGCCAUCCUAUUUGGUAAUAAGUCCGAAAAUACAGAGAAUUCUGAAAAUUAUAAUGAAAAUGAUGAACAGAGUGAUGAAAUGGAAAAUGAAGAGGGUGGACGAGAUAAUGAGGAUGAAAAUGGUGUUGAGGACAAUGAUGAGGAAUACGAUGAAGAAAAUUAA